AAAAGUUCAACGACAAGUGUGUUUAGAGCAGGUGUAUCGAUCGAUCGUGUUUUAUAUGCCGGUUUUCGGUAAAUAAAAAAWUUUUUAAAAAUAAGCGCCGCGACUCAAAGCAAAUCUUUCAAGAAUACAUCAAAGUGAUGAAAUGGCGCGUCGACGGUCGCGACACGAUCAUCGAUAUCGGUUCCGGUUCGGGUAAUGUGCUUAUGGACUACAUAUAUCCGCUAUUGCCGCCCAAUUUCAAAGCCGUUUUGUCAACAGACAUCUCGGCCCGUAUGGUGGAGUUCGCGCGCCAAAAUUACGGUUAUAUUAAGCGCGCUCAGUUCGAGGUGCUCGACAUAGCUUGUGCAGAGCUGCCACAGCAUCUAAGCAAUCGUUUCGAUCAUGUCACCUCCUUCUAUUGCCUGCAUUGGGUGCAAGAUCAAAAACGCGCCUUACAGAAUAUCCGCCAGCUGUUGCGUGUGAGCGGUGGCGAUUGCCUGCUUGUGUUUCUCGCAAAUAUUCCUACCUACGAUCUGUAUCUGACUUUGGCGAAGACGCAGAAAUGGCGCGAUUAUAUGCGCGAUGUGCAGCAGUUCAUCUCACCGUUGCGUAGCAGCAGUGAUCCGGGUGCGGAGUACAGCAAGUUGUUGGCGGAGACGGGUUUUGUGGACUACACUGUGGAGAUACGCAAUGAGACAUACGUCUAUGAGGGCACACAGAAUUUUAAAGAUAACAUAAAGUCGAUUUGUCCCUUCUUGGAGCGCAUGUCUCCAGCUAUGCAAGAAGACUUUCUGGAUGAUAUCGUACAAUGUGUGGCUGACAUGAAUCUGCGCGAAGCCGAUAUCAAUACAAAAGAUUUCAAAUUUAUUGCGCCAUACAAAUUAGUUGUGGUCUAUGCGCGAAAGCCGAACGAAUUUUUGAGCACUAUGAUCGAGGAGACGGAGCGUGUGUCAAAACGUUUGAUGUGAUGAAAAUACCAAAUUAUCCAAAGAUUUAGAACAAUUAUAGUUUUGUAGCUUACUAAUAUUAAUCUAGUGAGUAAAAGU